AUGGUGGCUACCAAUUGCAAACCCAAUGUGAUCACAUAUGGUAUUAUGGUUAAUGCACUUUGUAAAGAGGGUAGUGUUUUAGAGGCUCAAGAUAUUCUUGAGAGAAUAAUUCAACAAGGUGUUGAGCCUGAUGUAGUUAUAUAUAAUUCAUUGAUGAAUCGAUAUUGUUUACGAAGUGAAAUGGAUGAAGCUAGAAAAGUAUUCAAUUCAAUAACUUACAAGGGUUGCGAACCUAGUGUAAUUAGUUACAGUAUCAUUAUAAAUGGAUAUUGUAAGGCUAAAAGGAUAGACAAGGCAGUGGAGCUUUUUUGUGAAAUGACUCGAAAUGGAUUAAUCCCUGAUGUUGUUACUUAUGGUACUCUUUUAGGUGGCAUGUCACAUACUGGGAGAAUUGCAGUUGCACAAGAAAUGUGUGCUUAUGGCUUAUGCAAGCAUGGUCAUGUUCAUGAGGCAUUGGGAUUUAUUCGUGCAAUGCAGAGCAGUGGGUUAGAACCUGAUAUUGUCCACUAUAAUAUCUUAAUUGAUGGCUUGUGUCUAGUUGGGCAACUUAAAGUUGGUAGGAAAUUAUUUUAUGCACUCACAAUCAAAGGGGUACACCAUGAUGUUUACUCGUAUACUACAAUGAUCAAAGGACUUUGUAAAGAAGGGCUGCUGAAUGAAGCAAAUGAAUUGUUUAGGAAAAUGGAAGUGGAUGGUUGCAUGCAAAAUAGUUGCUCUUGUAAUACCAUGAUCAAACGAUGUCUUCGCAACAACGAUAUAUUGAGGGCAACACGAAAUCUUCAUGAAAUGGUUAAGAAAGGAUUUUCUGCGGAUGUUUCCACGGCAGCCAUUGUAGUGGAUCUAUUGUCCAGUGAUUCAACAGGUGAAUCUUUUCGUGCACUAGUUCAGAAAUUGUGA